AUGCUCAACAUCGAAAUUGCACCUGACUUAUUCCCGUCUUUCUUUGCUGUUUUUUCUCGCAAUUCGCCCAGCAUGCCACCAAAUACACAGCUUCAAUCUGUGGCGGCUUUUACGCCGCAACCUUCCUCCAUAACUGUCGUUCUCGGGUCCAGGAUCGAACCGUGGCUCACAGAAUCAUUGAGACGCAUCAAACCCAAUAAACCGCUCAAUAGCGUUGCUGAACAUCAAACAUGCCUUAACAAAGUUUUGUCAUCGCCGAACACCAUUUGGAUCUUGGCAUCCCUGAUGCGAAAAGGCUCAAAAUCCGAAUCGGAUCCCGAAUUUUAUCUUGUUAAUAUCGAGGCAAAUUAUUAUCAGGACGUCUAUUGUGUUGACGCCGAGGAGAAAAAACAGCACAAAAGGCUGCUUGAGGAUUUUAUCGAAGCUAUCAACCGUUACACUUUCCGCAUGCCUGCUGUUAUGCUUAAUGGGUUGGAAAAGGAUGGUGCUGGCGAGCCACUUUGUGGGCAAAGCCGUAAUGUCAAAACCAGGAUUUGGAAUCUUAUGGAACGCCUGUCACCCUCGCCCUUUAAAAAGGUCGAGCCCAUUUCGGAAUCGCCCUCACUGUCCACAGCCGCAUUUUCUGCUAAUUUAUAUCCCAAGCUUCCCAUUAACAAGGUGGUCGGGUGGCAACCUGAUUUGGAUCCAAUUCAAGCCCUUUCCCCAUCCCAAGUCAAUUGCGACCCUUUUUCGAUAUUAUUUUACGGAGUUCCACCAAUCUCUGCCUUCCCACCAAUACCAAAUCAGCUGGCUUCUACUGCUUCUAGCUUCGGUUAUAUUUCUGCUGCUCCGAAAUACGAAUCAGCUCCAAAUUCAACGCAUUUGGAUCCGACGCCAAGAGGAGUAAGCGAAUCUCCUCAUUAUUCUCGUCUGUUUGCGGCUCCGAUAUGCAAUCCGGGAGGCCAACCUUGGUUAGCGGAUCGGUUUGCUGAGUCUACUCGCCAUAAUGGUUUUGUCAAAGACAUAUUUGCUGGAGAGCAUUACAUAUCCGGUCGCCAAUCGGGCAUUUCCGUUCACAAUUAUAGCGAGAGCUUUAACAACAGCCAUACUAGCAGCGGCAUUGACGGCUUUUCCAGUAGAGGGAUUCCUAGAACCAUUGGGAAUUAAAGGACCUCGGUGUACAUGCAGCGGACGUCGCCUGGGCUAUCCAAGCUCUUUAAGAAAGUUCAAGACAUGGAACGGCGCCUUGCCAACCUCGAAGCAUCAACUUCAUAUACCCGACACAAGCCGAACUGUCGACAGGAUUGUGGCUGUCCCUCACAGGUCGAAUGGGCUGUUUUAAAAUCGCGAAUUGUCCAUCUUGAGACGAAGCUAGGAAUAAAAACAAGAACUUGCAGCAGAACUCAACAGGGAAUGGACGUGGCCAGCAGGGCGAGUCGAAAGCGACGGAAGGUUGAGCAGCAACAGCCCGAGAGCCCAUCGGAGGACGAAAUAUCUGAUAAUUAUUAA